CUUUAUACUUUCUUCCGCAGUUCAAAAGCAAACAAAAUGGACAUAAAUGGAUGGGAGGAAGAACUUGAUGCUUGGAGGAGACGUGGUGCACUGGAAAAUAUGGGCUGGCACAGGGAGGCCUUAUAUAAUAUAAGGUCGAAAAGUGAGGAUCUUCUUCAGGGAGAAAGAGCUGCAAUUACAGUUGAAUUAUGCGAAAUGAAGAAAGUGCAUCUUCAAGAUUUACCAAAUCUAAGAAAGUUUUCCUCAGGAAACACUCUUAAAUGGUCAUCCUUAGAGAAUGUGGUUUUGAAGGACUGUCCCAAAGUGAAGAAGUUUGGUUUGGGAAUGAUAAAAGAAUCAGAGUUAAAAUCGAUUCUAAUAACAGAAAAUGAAGAGCAAAUUGACCCUCACACCAAGCUUCCAUAUCUUUUUGAAUUAUCGAUUCCAGAGCUCUUGAAGAAUCAUCUACAACAAAUUACUUAUUCCCAAGUCCAUUGUUGGUGGAAAAAUUGAAGAUACUUUAUGUGAUCAAUAUGAAUGUAGAGAAACUCUGGCAUUGGAAUUAUCCGUCCAAAUCAUUCUGUGAACUUGAAAAUCUAAGUUUGACCAACAACAACAAAUUGUUGACU